CCUACCUCGCAGUUGCUUGCGUACGCGACGCGACUCCGGACGCACGCAUUCUCACUCCCGCAUUUUACACGCGAUUUAUAUACCACAAUAUAUACGUAACGUACACAACAUAUCUGUGAUAAAAUGGCCUCGCAGAAGAACAACAAUUUCGCGUUGGAAAUGAAGGAUGUGGAACCAGAACUGGCUAAGGAGUUGAUGAAAUACUUUACUGGUGAACAUACGGGCUUUGUUCGGGUCGGUCCCAAGGGGUACUUCCUGCCCCACAAGUACAGACAGGAGGCAGCCAACAUCUACAACAUGCCGAUACGACCUGACGACAUCUUCGUGGCUAGCUAUCCACGCUCAGGAACCACCUGGACCCAAGAACUAGUGUGGAUGGUCGCGAAUGACUUGGACUAUGCCAAAUCAGAUGCUAUACCCCUCACCGAAAGAUAUCCAUUCUUAGAAUUUUCGGUCUAUGUACACCCAGUGAUGAAAGAACGAUUCACAGAAGAAAAUUCAGACAGCGACAGAAAGCUUAAACUCUUGGAGCAAGUGACAGAAGCUGGUACGGAACAAUUGGCUCGCAUACCAUCCCCUCGGUUCGUCAAGACCCACUUACCCAUGUCACUAUUACCACCAAAACUACUGGAUACGUCCAAAGUGGUGUAUGUAGCGAGAGACCCCAGAGAUGUAGUGGUAUCGUUCUACCACCUCAACCGACUGAUUAGGACGCAAGGAUACAUCGGCGACUUCAAAACUUACUGGAAUUUCUUCAUAAAAGAUUUACAUCAUUGGACACCAUAUUUCGAGCACAUAAAAGAAGCAUGGGAUUGCAGGCAUCACCCCAACAUGCUAUUCCUGUUCUACGAGGAGUUGUGCAGAGAUCUACCAACAUCCGUGCGUCGCGUAGCUAAGUUCUUAAAUAAGCAGUUCUCAGAGGAGCAGAUUGCCAAGCUGUGCGAGCACUUGAGCAUCGAAAACUUCAAGAAUAACAAGUCAGUCAACUACGACGUGAUGAGGGAGCUGGGGAUACUCAUACCUGGCGAGCAAGGGUUCAUACGGAAAGGUAAAGCUGGUGGUUGGCGCGAUUACUUUGACGAAGAGAUGAUGCAGCAAGCCGACCGCUGGAUGGAAGAAAACCUGCAAGGAACAGACUUUCGUUUCCCGCACCUGGCAGAUAAACUUGUAUAAAUAUAGAAUUAAAGUUAAUAGUAAUUAAUGUAAUAAAUUAAAUAGUAAGAGUA